UCUAUACCUCCAACGCUCCAAAGCUCCUCCGCUUUUUGCACUUCCUGUUCGCUCCUAGGGUUAAGUCUCUUGAUCGAGCUAUCUAAUUUGUUUUCUCUUGAUGUUAAUUUGAGUUUUUGAUCUGCGUUUCGAUUUUUCUCGCAGGAAGUGAGAACUUCGGAAAGGGAUUUUGUUUGAUCUCGUUGGCGAACAGGAAAAUUUGCUGUCAUGGAGCAAAAUGAUGCUAGCUGCCAAGCUCCUCAAGCCCCAAUCCUUUGCGUCAAUAAUUGUGGGUUCUUUGGAACAGAAGCUACAAUGAAUAUGUGUUCCAAGUGCUACAAAGACACGAUGUUGAAGCAAGAGCAGGCAAAACUUGCUGCUACAUCUAUCGAGAACAUCGUAAAUGGGGGUUCCAGCUCCAGCGGGAAGGCGGUACAUUUCGUUGUGGGUGCAGAGGAAGACUCUGCUGUGUCCACGGUGGUGCCAACCCAAAUCUCGUGUGCACCACCCGUAAGUGACAAUGGUGAGCAGGCGAAAGAAGGCCCAAAAAGAUGCAACACUUGCAGGAAGCGCGUUGGACUAACAGGCUUCAACUGUCGAUGCGGGCAUCUUUUCUGUGCAGUGCAUCGCUACUCUGACAAACAUGACUGCCCUUUUGAUUAUCACAAGGCAGCGCAGGAUGCGAUUACCAAAGCCAACCCAGUUGUUAGGGCCGAAAAACUAGACAAAAUCUAAAGGAUUUCAAGAAUGCAAUGAUUUCUUUUGGUUUUGUAAACUGCGUACCCACCCACCCACCCUUGUUGUCUUCUCCAUGAAGACUCUGUUCUGUUGACAGUGGUUAUGAGAUGCAUAAAAGAGUAAGGGAGACCGAAGGCAAGCCUUGAUAUGGCAUCAAGCAGAUCCGAGGAAUACAAUGCCCGUGUUAAGCUGCCCAGGUAUUAUGUUAUGGUUCUGUUCCAUCUGCAGUGCUUUUGUGUUUUUUGUGCUUUGGUUUGUCGGACACUAGUGUGAUUUCUCUCUAAAUGUAGCAGCUCCUAAAGCCAAUAAGGAAUUAUAUUUAAACUUAGUUUCUCAGUCCUAUUCAAAUUUGAUUUAAUUGCAAGUUGCUACUUGAUGGUC